AUGGAAAAUCAGGAGCAUCCUUUCCUUUUCGAGGACGGUGACAUGCGAGUCAAAGCCAAACAUGGUGAACGAAUAAUCACUUUCAAAUUAUCCUCUCAUGCGCUGUGCUUCGCCAGCCCAGUUUGGAAGAAGUUCGUGUUUCCUCCAUUUCCUCUUCUAUCCUCAAUUCGAAAUGAAGAAGAGCCAAACUCGAAAAAAGCUUGCGCGGUUCCCGAAGAGCCAUUUCCCGACACCGAGUUGGAUUUCACCGAAGACAAUCCGGAAGCUUUGUUAAUUCUUCUGCAGAUUGCGCAUCUGAAAUUUUCGGAUAUCCCUUCACAGUUACCGUACGAAGUUCUUUACCACAUUGCCACCCUUUGUGAUCAAUACGAUUGUAGAAGAUUGGUAAAACCUUGGAUUCAGGGUUGGUUGGAAGACGAGGCAAAUGAGGCGUAUCUACCACGCCAAGAAGGAUGGUUAUGGAUUGCUUACUACUUUGGGAAGAAGGAAAUCUUCUACCAAUUGAUGAAAAUUCUGGCACUGCGACUGACCGUCGACAAUGAUGGGAAAUGCAUGCUAAUGGAUGAGCCAUUUUACCGCCAACAUUGCACUCUCGAAACUUCACUCUGCUCUCUGGGUCUGGAUGCGAGUCCAUUACCUCCUGAAAUCACAGAUACAAUCGUUAACUUGCGUAAGGAUUUGAAUUCUUUCCUGUUAACUUCUACGACAAAUAACCUGAGGGAGCUUUUUACCGGCAAUGUGCUGAGCCCAUGCAAAGAGUUAUGCUCGUUGGCCAUGUAUGGACUUCUGAGCAAAUAUCUGAGCGAAUGCAAGCUGUGGCCUCUACCAAGAACAGAAAACUACAAAUUGACACCUUUUCAGUUGUAUACAUCGAUAAUCCGCGUUUUAUGUAAGAUUUCUAGUGCCCACAAACCCAUGGCACAGCUCCAUAUAGGCAGCUGUUCAUUCACGGGUGCUUGGAAACUGGAACUGGAGCUUGAAGCAAAAACCGGAAUAUGCAAAUGCGAUGCGCAUUGGGAUGAGGGAGAAACUGACGGAAGCAGAUUUCAAGAAUUUAUGGAUCACGCGGUCGAAGAGCCUAGAAACUUUGAAUGUCCUAACAAUUCUCUGGGGGAAGUUCAGGAUAGAUUCAUCAAGGAAAUCUUGGAGCUGCGCCCGAUGGAACCAUGA